AAAUGUUAUUAGGAGUAGGAGAUGUUCUUGAGAAAUAGAAUUUUACUAAACAGGACCACUCAUUUAAAGAAAAUGUUCAGCACUGGAGACAUUUUAACACCAGAGAAGAAAGAGAUAGUUGUAAUAACCGGAGGAUCAGGAUUUUUAGGUCAACAUAUUGUACGUCAAAUACAACAACAUACAGCACAUGUAGGAGAAAUACGUAUAUUAGAUGUAAAACCAGUUCAAAAAUUUAUGGAAUAUGAUGAUUUGAUACCUACUAAAACUAUAUUAAGUAGUGUUAAUGAUAUCUGUGGUGUUCGUCAAGCUUUACACGGAGCUGAUAGUGUUAUACAUGUAGCAGGACUAAUUAGUUACGGUACAUUUCCUGAUAUUAAUGGAAUGGAAAAAAUCAACAUCGAAGGUACUAGAACAGUUAUAGAAGCUUGUAUUAAAGAAAAUAUAGAGAGACUGAUAUUCUGUAGUACAGUAGAUGUUGUUAUAGGUCAUAAAGAUAUCACUAACGGUACUGAAGAGACUGGUAUACCAGAUGAUUUUCUUUUCCCUGGUUAUCCAGACACUAAAUUUAGAGCAGAAAGACUCAUUUUGGAGGCAAAUGGAACAAGACUAAAUAGUGGUAUGAAGCUUCAUACAAUUUCACUCAGGCCAAAUGUCAUGUAUGGAGAAGGAGAUCCAUAUUACGUCACAACAGCUCUGAGGAACGCACAUGAUAAUAAUGGUGUACUGAUACGUGUGGGUGAUGGAAGCGCACUAUUUCAACAAACUUAUGUGGGUAAUGCUGCUUGGGCAUUUCUUUGUGCAGAUGCAGCACUAAAAAAUAAUCCAUGUCGCGUUUCUGGACAAGUGUUUUUUGUGCCAGAUGAUACACCACUCCAAAAUACAUUUACUUUCAUGAACUAUUUUCUGAAAGAUCAGAAUCUAAAUCUGUCUCGAUUCUAUCUGCCAUGGAAAUUUGUAUAUGUGACAUUAUAUUUUAUGGAGCUGGUUCUGAAAGCGCUAAAGCCUCUGAUAAAACUGAGUCUCCCAGCUCAGUCGUGUAGUGUUAAAUAUAUUAAUAUGAAUCUGUACUUUAGUCCACAAAAAUCAAGACAACUGCUGGGAUAUAAACCAUUUUAUUCUCCUCAUCAGUCAUUAGAGAAAUCAGCACUAUUUUAUAAAAACUUCCCAUUAUAA